UGGAGAAUGGAGUCAGGUACGGGGAGCGGCUUCGAGUGGAACUGUGUGUGAGAGCCGGGGUGGGUGGUCGCUGUUGGGCCAUUGAGUCGGACACACGAAACGGGUGCGGGGGCAGGACAAGAGAAUUAUGGGAGCCUAAAAGGUCCUGUCUCCUGAGGUGCCUGACUUGCAGUGGCAGGCGGAAGGGACAACAGUUGGAGCUGAGUACUACCUCCUGAGCAAGAACCGGUGACUGUGGCUACCCUCCCCCUCUCUGCCACUGCCCAGGGAGUGGAAAGAAGUAGGGGUUAAUUACUCUGACAUCUCGACGGAGUGGUAUCAGGGUACGGUUCUGUCACAGCAGUGAUAGCAUAUGACACCAUACUAAGGUGAUGUGCCAGGGUGAUGCCAAAGGCAGGGUGUGAUGCUGUGGGAGCCACUUGAUAUCUAAGAGACCUUGUUUUAUCCAAGUAUGAAAACCAGAUUACUAUUUUCACUGACUACCUAGAAGAAUAUUCAGAUACAGAUGAGCUGGUAUGGAUCUUGGGGAAGCAGCAUCUCCUUAAAACGGAAAAGUCUAAGCUGUUGUCUGAUAUAAGUGCUCGUCUAUGGUUUACAUACAGAAGGAAAUUUUCACCGAUUGGGGGAACAGGCCCUUCAUCGGAUGCUGGCUGGGGAUGUAUGCUACGCUGUGGACAGAUGAUGCUGGCUCAAGCCCUUAUCUGUAGACACUUGGGAAGGGACUGGAACUGGGAGAAACAAAAAGAACAACCCAAAGAAUACCAGCGGAUCCUACAAUGCUUCUUAGAUAGAAAAGAUUGUUGCUACUCUAUCCAUCAAAUGGCACAAAUGGGUGUAGGAGAAGGGAAAUCAAUUGGCGAAUGGUUUGGACCAAAUACAGUUGCACAGGUGUUAAAAAAACUUGCUUUAUUUGACGAAUGGAAUUCCUUGGCUGUUUAUGUUUCAAUGGAUAACACAGUGGUCAUUGAAGAUAUCAAAAAAAUGUGCUGUGUCCUUCCCUUGAGUGCAGACACAGCUGGUGAAAGCCCCGAUUCUCUGACUGCUUCAAACCAGAGUAAGGGCACCUCUGCCUACUGCCCAGCCUGGAAACCCCUGCUUCUCAUUGUCCCCCUUCGCCUGGGCAUAAACCAAAUCAAUCCUGUCUAUGUUGACGCCUUCAAAGAGUGUUUUAAGAUGCCACAGUCUUUAGGGGCAUUAGGAGGAAAACCAAAUAACGCCUAUUAUUUCAUAGGAUUCUUAGGCGACGAGCUCAUCUUCUUGGACCCUCACACAACCCAGACCUUUGUCGACACUGAAGAGAAUGGAAUGGUGGAUGACCAGACUUUCCAUUGCCUGCAGUCCCCACAGCGAAUGAACAUCCUGAACUUGGAUCCUUCCGUAGCAUUGGGAUUUUUCUGCAAAGAAGAAAAAGACUUUGAUAACUGGUGUAGCCUUGUUCAGAAGGAAAUUCUAAAGGAGAAUUUAAGGAUGUUUGAAUUAGUUCAGAAGCAUCCAUCGCACUGGCCUCCCUUUGUACCUCCAACCAAGCCAGAAGUGACAACCACUGGGGCAGAAUUCAUUGACUCUACUGAACAACUGGAGGACUUUGACCUGGAGGAAGAUUUUGAGAUUCUCAGUGUGUAGAAUACCAGGAACUCAACCUGGAGGUCUGUCUUCCAUCUGGCACCAUAAGAACAUGAACUUCUUACAUAAAACUUUUCUAGUCAGCAAGUGCCUGAUAUGCCAACAGCAUACAAACUCAAUAGCAAUCAUGACUGAGCCAAUCACCAUUUCUCAGAAAACAAAACAAAACACACAGCAACAACCCUUUACCAGAAUGAAAUAAAACAAUCAUGGAGCCUAGGAGCAGAAAGAUUAGGAGCAGUCCGUUGCUUCCUGGUGGCUACGGCAAGUUUUCAGCUGUUGAAAUGAGCUGGAAAUCUGGAAGACAGCAACUCCCAUCUUGCUUCAAGCACCAGCAGAUGAGAGAUGGUUAUGCUGCGCUUCUGCACCCUUUCAGGUGUGACCUCUUUUAGGCUAAAUACUAAGCAGCAGUCUGUUCUCUUGCUCAAAUAAUAAAGUGACUGAAUCAGGGAGGAAAAAGUUCUUGUUAAAUUAUUUGAAUAUGUAUUUUAAAAUAAUUAUAAUUUAUAUCAAGACAUUUGUCAAAGAAAUGAUGUAAAAUAUACACUUCUUGAUCUCCUUCCUAUUUGGGGGAACCUUACUAUUUGAUGAGUCACUGUCCCCAUUCUUACUGAUACUUUUGUCAGAUGUCACCCUGUCCUUAAAUCAAAUCAUGAUCGCUUGAAUCAGGGGGUCAGCAGAUUUUUUCUGUAAAGGGCCAGAUAGUAAAUAUUUUAGGCUUUGCAGGCCAUGCGGCCUCUGUCACAACUACUCGACUCUGCUGUUGAAGCGCCAAAGCAGCCAUAGACAAUAUGCACGCAAAUGAGCAUGGCUGUAAUCCAAUAAAACUUUAUUUACAAAAACAGGUGGAGGGCUGGAUUUGGCCUGCAGGCUGUAGCUUGCCAAUCACUCACUUAAAUUGUUGAUUUUUGUUUGAGAAAUUAAAAAUAAAUUGUGUUUGAAUUAUAC